GUUUGCGUCAGGAACUACCCAGGUGCAAUUUCACACGUGUUUAUGCUUUCAAAGACUUUAGGACAGCAGGAACUGGCGUAGUAGGAGGAUAGUUUAAACCCCGAGAGGAAUGUUCGUGUUCACGAAAGACGUCGCUGAUUCUGACUGACUUUAGUAGGUAGACAGGAUGAAUAAUGAAAGUCCUGCUCCUCCUGCCACCGGCGCCAUUACUCCCCUCCAACAGAUGGUGGCGUCCUGCUCCGGUGCCAUCCUUACGUCGCUGUUUGUUACACCUCUGGAUGUUGUGAAGAUCAGGCUACAAGCACAGAAAAAUCCCUUUCCCAAAGGCAAAUGCUUUGUCUACUGCAAUGGACUUAUGGACCACAUAUGUAUAUGUGAAAAUGGGAAUUCCAAGGCCUGGUACAAAGCUCCAGGUCACUUUAGUGGCACGCUGGAUGCAUUUGUCAACAUAGUACGGCGUGAGGGAAUCAGGUCAUUAUGGAGCGGUCUGCCUCCAACACUUGUGAUGGCAGUCCCAGCGACAGUGAUCUACUUCACAUGUUACGACCAGCUCUGUGCAGCACUGAGGGUCAGGAUGGGAGAAUAUGCUCAGAUGGCUCCUCUCCUUGCAGGAGCUACUGCUAGAGUGGGUUCGGUGACGGUGAUCAGUCCUCUGGAGUUGAUCCGCACUAAACUGCAGUCUCAGAAGCAGUCGUACAGGGAGCUGACCCAGUGCAUCCGCUCAGCAGUGGCCAAAGAGGGCUGGCUGUCUCUGUGGAGGGGUUUGGGGCCCACGCUUCUCCGAGACGUUCCCUUCUCAGCCAUGUACUGGUACAACUACGAGAUGGGCAAGAGCUGGCUGUGUGGCUUGUCUAACAUCACAGAACCCACGCUGACCAUCACCUUUGUAUCCGGAGCUGUUUCAGGAUCUAUUGCAUCUAUUGUAACUUUGCCUUUUGAUGUCGUCAAAACAAGAAAACAGGUGGAGCUUGGAGAGCUGCAAGCAAAGAACUUGCCAGGUCAGGCCUCCUCCACCUUCUAUGUGAUGUGCAGGAUUGUGGCAGAAAACGGGUUUAGAGGGCUGUUUGCUGGUUUUCUCCCCAGGGUGAUAAAAGUGGCUCCAGCCUGUGCCAUCAUGAUCAGCAGUUAUGAGUUUGGAAAGGCCUUUUUCCGAAAACACAACAAAGAGAGGACACAUGGACCACUGCAGACCAACCCCUGACAGAUUUCCCUUGGAAGAACGACGCACGCCACAACAGCUACUGCUAGACCGCACCUGAGGGUUGUACUGUCAAACCACUUAGAUUUAACUUGAGGUUAUUGAGCAAAGUCAGGGGUUGGAAUGAUGUUAAAUUAUACUUUAACAAUAAUUAAGACGUGUAUAUAUAAGGUGAACAAGUAACCUCAGGGCUUUAGGACUCCUUGUCUGUUUGUAUAUAGAGUUUUCACUGUCCGCACAACGAGCUCCAUGAGAUCAAGGAAAGGAUGGUAUUUUUUUAGAUAAAUUUAUUGGGGCCUGAGCAGUUAAUGCAUUGAGGUGAAUCCAUAUUCUCCUUUCAUAGUGCAAGUCAACCAAGAAGUUGCACAGUGUUACUUCUAAAGUUAUCUGGAUGAGCCAGAUGCUUCAUUUUGCAGUGCAGAUCUUUAGCAUGAUAAAGUUAAUGUUGCCAAAUUUAAAACAUUAGCACAAAUGGGGUUAAAAAAAAACCCCAAAAAAACAACUGUCUGUCUUCCUGCAUUGUAAAAUAUUAAAGAUGAUCAGAAUCGAUAUGAAUUUAUUCAUAUUAAUUUUUACAUUGUUUUUGUUGAAUGCAGUAGAUUCUGUGUGAAGUUGGAAAGAAAUAUUUUUCAUCUACACCUUGUUCAUUUCAGGUGUGUUUAGGAGCUAGUAUAUCAAAGAAAGACUUUUUAUUAGUAAUAUAUUUUCCACGUAUCUCACUGAGAUCAUGUGCUCUGUGCCUGAACUCCUUAAAUUGGAGACACAAGAUCUCUAUUUCACUCCUCUGUGUUGUGAGAAUCCCUAAAACGUCUCCUUGCUUUUGCACAGUAGAGUGCCACUACAGCGUGAGUGUAAAUAAAAUAGCAUUAUUCAGAUUGUA